AUGUCAACCCCUCACACCUAUUUCCUGCAAUUCAUCAGAGCUUUUUUUCAUCGACCCCGCAAGCUUGUCACUAAAAGUGACACCAUUGAACCGGACGAGGAGUCUGUUCUGAACUCCUGCUCAUCACCUCAUCCCUCUUGUCUCUUCUGUGGAGUGUCAAAGGAGCGAGGUUUUAGUGUUGUGUGGGAGAACGAGGUUUUUGCUGUCUUUACGGAUAUUGAUCCCGCUUCGGAACAUCAUUUACAACUCGUUCCCAAGCACCACAUAGGCAAGCUUUCUCCGCUGCGAGAUAUGGUAGAGAUUGCACACAAUAUACUUGAUGGGCUUGCCGUUCCGCCUCACCUUAGACGCAUCGGCUUCCAUAUUCCCCCGUACAUCUCCGUACCUCACCUCCAUAUGCAUAUACAGGCCCUGCCGUAUCGUUCGAUCUUCCGCAAGCUCAAGUAUCCCGUGGUGGCAGGAUGGAGUGGUCGCGAGAAAGGCGUUAGCUGGUUUGUUGAUGCCGAGCAAGCGGUACGGAUUUUGGAGAAAGGAUCUCAGGUCCGCAUACUUCCCUGUUGA